AUGGUCGAGUCGAGCGCGGGCGCGGGGGUGUACCUCAGCAGCGACAUCGACCUCGACGUCAGGCUCAAGGAUCACGUCGGCGAAGACGGACGCGCGGAGUUGCGAGCGACGUUCCAGCUGUUCACGGAUGACGACGAGCCGCUGACGAGCGAAGUGAGCUCGUCGUCCGCGGCGUUCGAGGACGCGAGAGGGGAAUGGAACGAGACGCUGUUUUUCCCUCUGAAGUACAGAGACGUGAGCGCCGACGCGCGACUGGAAGUUAAAGUGUGGGACUCGAGGGACCUGUCGAAAGACGUCGUCGUCGGCGAGAGGAGCGUCUCCAUGUUCGACGAGAACCUCUCGCUCCGACGCGGGCACCAGCGCGCGGCACUGCGCUUGCGCGCGAAGACGACGCGCGAGCCGCUGCCGUUGGACGCGAUGCACGCGUCCCCCGGCGGGGACCUGACGACGGCGGAGACCGCGCUGAAGAAGUACGAGCAAAACGAGAUGUCCCCGCUGGAGUGGUUAGACCAGCUCACGUUCAAGCGCGUGGACGAGAUGCGCGAGGCGGCGCGUCUGCGGAGGAUAGCGGACGGGGAGAUGGAGAUCCACUUCGAGUUCCCGACGUUCGCUUCGCCGGUCAUUCACCGAGAGAACGCGCCGGCGAGCGCGUCAGCCGCGGCCGGGGCGAAACCUUCGCUAGAUCAGUUGAUUUGGCUCGUCGACUCCGAGGUGAACGCGGGACUAGAGAACCCGGCGGAGCGCAAGCACGAGAAACUCACGCGGUCCGUCGGCCGAGGCGUCGUCGAUCACGACUUGAAGCCGAACGGGAACGAGAAGCGGUCGCUCGCGGCGGCGAUUUCGCUGCCGCCGACGCGGCACCUCACGCCGGAGUACAAGCAGCUGCUGUGGAAGUUCCGGUACUCGUUGCGCUCCGAGAGCGGCGCGCUCACGAAAUUUCUCAAGUGCGUCGACUGGAGCGACGCGAACGAGGCGAAAGCGUCGCUGGAGCUACUGUACGAGUGGGCGCCGAUCGACCCGGCGUCCGCGCUCGAACUCCUAUCGCCAACGUUCACGAACAACGAAGUCAGAAGGUACGCGGUGAGCAUCCUCGCGGACGCCGCGGACGACGAGCUCUUGUGCUACCUCCUGCAGCUCGUGCAGGCGCUUCGAUACGAGAGCGCGGACGACAGCCAGCUCGCGAGAUUUCUCGUCGAGCGCGCGGUCGCGAACCCGGUGCUCGCGAAUUUUUUGCACUGGUAUCUCGUCGUCGAGUGGGAGGACAAGAGCUUCGCGUCGCGGUCGUCGAGGACGCACCAGCUGUUCGAGGACGCGUGCCGUGCCAUGGGCGCGAAGGGCGAGGAGCUGUGGGACGCGCUGCGAAGGCAGUCUGAGGUGAUGGCGCAGCUGACGUCGAUCACGCGAGAGCUCGCGGGGAUGCGAGGGCAGCCGAAAAAAGUCGAGCGUCUGCGCGCGAUGCUCUCGGAUGAGGGCGCGUGCGGCGACCUCGGCGCGUUCGCGCAAGCGCUGCCGCUGCCGAUCGACCCGACGAUCAACGUCAACGGCAUCGUCCCGCAGGAGAGCACAGUGUUCAAGUCCGCGCUGUGCCCGUUGAAGCUCGCGUUUAAGACGACGGAGGAGACGCGCGCGAACAUGAUUUUCAAAAAAGGCGACGACUUGCGGCAAGACCAGCUCUGCGUGCAGAUGAUAUCGCUGAUGGACCGCCUGCUGAAACGCGAGAACCUGGAUCUGAAGCUGACGCCCUAUCAAGUCCUCGCCACGGGCAGCGACACCGGGCUCAUCGAAUUCGUUCCCUCGCAAGCGGUCGCGGACAUCAUCGCCGAGCACAAGACGCUGACGAAGUACAUCGCGUUGAACAACCCGGACAAAGACGGUCCGUACGGGUGCUCGCCGGAGUCGUUGAUGCGGUUCGUGAAGAGCUGCGCGGGGUACUGCGUGAUCACGUACAUCCUCGGCGUCGGCGAUCGGCAUCUCGAUAACCUCAUGUUAGCCCCGGACGGGCGGAUGUUUCACAUCGACUUCGGGUUCAUAUGCGGACGAGACCCGAAGAUUUUCCCUCCGCCGAUGAAGUUGUGCAAGGAACUCGUCGAGACCAUGGGCGGCAUCGAGAGCGAGCACUUUGGGAAGUUCAAGACGUACUGCUGCGAGGCGUAUAACAUCUUACGGAAGCACGUGGUGCUGAUAUUGAACUUGUUCUCGCUCAUGGCGGACGCGAACAUCCCGGACAUCAGCCAAGACUGCGAGAAGGCGCUUCUAAAGUUGGAGUCGAAGUUCGCGCUCGACCUCGACGACGAAGCCGCGAUGCAACACUUCCAGGUGCUCAUCACCGAGUCCACGAACGCGCUGUUCCCGCAGAUUUUCGAGACGACGCAUCGAUGGGCGCAGUACUGGCGGUGA